AUGGUCAGCCAAGUCUUCGGUUGCCUGCAGAGCACCGUUUGGAAUCGUAACGGUCUCCACCCCAACAGCAAACUCAAGACGUACAAAGCAGUCUUCCCGCCGACACUGCUGUAUGGAGCGGAGGCCUGGACGGUGCACAAGGAGCACCAUUGUCACCCCAGCAGUCUCCAGCGGAUACCAAAGUUGAGGUGGCAGGAUCGGAUCCCCGACAUGGACGCACUGGAACGGACAGGAAUCCUCAGCAUUUAUACCGUGCUGAGACGCUUGCAACUGGGUUGGAGCGGCUAUCUCGUGCGGAUGGACGACGAGCGGCUAACCAAACGGCUCUUCUCUGGAAAUGUCGCCAGGGAUUCUCGUCGACAAGGAAACUAA